AUGGAGAUCCACAAUGCCCCUAUAUGUUCUCUCUUCUUGUUUGAAAAGCAGAUAUCUUCAAUAGAGUCUCCAGGUAAUCCCCUACUUCUUGUUCAUCUUUUAUCAAUCUUUCUUUCUUCAUCUGCCAUGGCCACCAGGACUCAUCCCCAAACCGGUGAAUCAUCCGAAACUUUUACCCAACAGAAUCUUCUCAAAAAUCCCGAGAAAGAAGUCUGUGCCUUUGAUAAUGCAGACACUGCGGCUUUGAGAGCUUCCGUCAAUUUCAAGGAAGUAGCUCCCCCUACCGCUGAAUCAGAGGGAAGAAUCAAUACUGCUUACCGAUUACCUGCAAUAGACAGGAGUUUCACCACACACAUCCCGAGUUUUCAGUCAAUACUCGUUCAGAUCAAGAAGGAACCCAAUCCUAAGGCCACAGCCUCAUCCAAACCCAGUGGUUCCAAAGCCAUUGUCAUCACCAAACCUUCGUCAACUACCAAGCCCCAGAGUUCCAGUUCUCGUAAAAGGAAAAAGCCCGAUUCCCCCAUCAUCUCUGACACUUUUCCCUAUGAGAAGCACGGGUUCAUCGAAGCUAACGGGUUUAUGACUUCCUUUCUUAACCAGGGUCCUGAAUGUCUGGUUCACCUAUACCAAGAAUCCUGCGGGCUUAAUAAGACGCUUGAGUCCAAGUUGAAGGAAGCAGAAGUCACGAUCUCCGAUCAAGGCAUGAUUGCAGCCGCCAAAUCUCGUCACUACGAAGAGAAGUUCAAGGCUAUGAAUCAAGAACACCAGACUGCUCUCAACAAAGCUACUCUUCAAGCCCAAGCCGAUCUUGAAGCUGCCCACGCGCAACAUGAACGGGAUAUGGUCAGCUACCGGGAUAGCCUUAAGAGUUCUGUCGUCACUACUCUUCUCCAGGCCAGGCUGAAGAUGGCCCAUGAAGCCAAAACACUAGGUUUUGAAUGCCCUUCUUGGGACGUUGGUGCCUGGGAAACGAAGCUAAAGAAUCUCGGUGGCAUUUCUACCACACCAACUGCCGAAGGAUCUUCCAAGUAGCUGAAAAAGCUAACGAUGCUGAGAGGGAUGUUGAGGCGGAUCCUGAGACGGGUGCUGCUGAAAUUACCGCGAACGAAGAUGGCAUUGCCCCCUAAAACUUAUUUCCUUUUGUUUGAACAAUCUUAUGUCUUAUGAACAACUUUUAUUUCCAUAUUAAAACAAUUUGAUAGCCGAAGGUGGAUGGGUCCUAGGUUUCAGGAUGAAGCCUUUGGUUAUCAACUAGUACCGUUUAUUUCCAAUAAUUUCAUCUUUCAUUUUUCUUGCUA